AUGUCGGAGAAAGACCAUAUGCCAGAAGCGAGUCGAUCUCGCUCAAACUCGACUCUCAGCACAGACACAGACUCCAUCCCAUCGUCAAGAACACAGUCGCGUGCGCGGAGCUUCGCAUCAACAAUAAAGUCCAGAACCAACGCAGACACACUGUACCAGACUUAUUCGGGAACGUACCCAGAUGAUACAGUUCCUUAUCGCACAGGAGACACACCGACGGAGGAACAAAACCCUGCGGGGCGAAACGCCAAAAUCACCGAGGUUAGAACAAACGGUCAAGAUGUGGACUUGGAACGGGGUCUAGAUGCGGGGCAAAAUUUAGAAAAGUCAAAAACAGGAAGAUCUACACUGGUCAACUCCAAAAUGGUGACAUGGGAUGGACCAGAUGAUCCUGAGAAUCCAAAGAACUGGUCGUCCACGAACAAAUGGAUGGCCGUGGUAAUGGUCUCGCUGUUUACAUUUGUUUCGCCCGUUUCAAGUAGUAUGGUCGCUCCAGCAUUGGAUAAAGUGGCUGAAGAUUUGGAUAUAUCUUCCGAGUUUGUGUUGCAAUUGACAAUGUCGAUCUUUAUUCUUGCAUAUGCAGUCGGUCCACUUUUCUUGGGCCCAUUAUCUGAAGUUUACGGUCGAACAAUCGUGCUCCAGUUAUCAAACCUAUUCUUCCUGGCAUUUAAUAUCGGGUGCGGUUUCGCACAGAAUACAACGCAAAUGAUCGUUUUCCGUUUCUUCGCUGGACUUGGUGGAAGUGCCCCACUAGCAAUUGGUGGCGGUGUGCUAUCGGAUACAUUUCUCCCAGAGCAACGUGGAAAGGGUCUAGCAGUCUACAGUCUUGCCCCUCUCCUCGGUCCAGCCCUCGGCCCCAUCGCAGGUGGCUUCAUCGCCGAGAACGUCACCUGGCGCUGGGUCUUCUGGUCCGUCUCAAUCCUCGACGGAGUCGUACAAAUAGCUGGUCUCUACUUCCUUCGUGAAACCUACGCCCCCAGACUUCUGGGCAAUCGCGCAAAGCGCCUAACUAAAGAAACCGGAGAAGCGCACCACACAGAGACCGACCUAACGAAGGUGACUCUUAGCGAAAAGCUCAGCAGCUCUAUCGUUCGACCAUUCCGCCUCCUCACAACACAACCUAUCGUCCAAGUCUUAGCAGUCUACAUGGCAUAUAUCUACGGCCUAAUGUACCUCAUGUUAUCCACGUUUCCAACCCUCUGGACGAGUGAAGAGUACUACAAUGAGUCCAGUGGAAUCGGCGGUCUAAACUAUAUCUCCAUCGGUGUCGGAUUCUGGGGCGGCUCACAAUUCUGUGCACCGAUGAUCGAUCGCAUCUACCGCAUUUUGAAAGCACGCAACAAUGGCGUGGGAAAACCCGAGUUCCGAAUCCCACUCAUGAGCAUCGCUGCUAUUCUGCUUCCAACGGGAUUGUUUAUCUACGGAUGGACCGCCGAGUACCGCUGUCAUUGGAUUGCUCCUAAUAUCGGCGCUGCAAUCUUCGGUAUGGGUGUUAUCAUGGCAUUCCAGUGUAUCCAGACGUAUAUGGUGGAUACUUAUACGCGGUUCGCGGCUAGUGCCCUCGCAGCAGGUGCUUUCUUACGUGCACUUGCUGGUUUUGGGUUCCCGCUUUUUGCACCGUAUAUUUAUGCUUCAUUGCACUAUGGUUGGGGAAAUAGUGUGUUGGGAUUCAUUGGUAUUGCUAUCGGUAUUCCGGCGCCGAUCUUCUUGUGGAAGUUCGGUGAAAAGUUGAGAACGAAGAGUCCAUAUGCGGCUGGAUAA